AUGGUGGGAAAGGGAGACAAGUGUAAGACUGGACCAAAUCUCCAUGGUCUGUUUGGGUGGAAGACAGGUCAAGGCUCUGGACUCUCCUACACGGGUGCCCACAGAAGCAGCGGCGCCAUCAGGGAGAGGAUACCUGGUGGCAUAUUUGAAGAAUCGCAAAAGUACAUCCCUGAAACAGAAACGAUGCCCUCUGGAAUUGAGAAGGGGAAAGGGCAGACCUAA